AUGAACCCGUCAACCCAAGGUCAUGGGUUCGAGCGUAGUAGUGACAUUAGAGGUAUGCCGUCGACUACCAUCUUCCUACCACAUCGUUCAUUUACCACAGCAGCAAAUUUAGCUACCCCCGAACUCGAAGAUAACCAGGUAUCCCAGAGUUCCCGGCGUGGACUCCUUUCAGGGAGAAGAGAAUGGUCUAGAGUCAACUCAUUCCAAUCAGAUGACACUCCCCCUCCCACAUCUAGAUCAUUGCAUACAAUGACAGAAGGUCAUAAUGAUAAUGCUACUCUACAAGGCAAGAUCCCUUCCGACCCUUUGACACACUACACCUACGUCCCAAGCUAUCUCAAUGAGAAAGGCUUAGUAACACGGCACAUUGGUAAAGUUACGAAGGUUAGUGAGGUCGCAAAAGCGGACACACUCCCUGCACCCUUGCAAACUCCAAGAAAAGGAUAUAGGACACGUAUUCUCAAUGAUCGAAUGGACUCAUACCGUUCAAUCGAUCAACCCGAGGAUCAUGGGCCCAUAUAUUCCCCAAAGAGACGAGAAAUGGAAGGGGAUCAGGGGGACAAUAAAGAUGCGAUACAAGCGAACAUCAACACUCGACAAAUAAGUAGUGUAGGAGCCACGCUGGAUAGAGACGUUAAUAAACGAUUAAUGGAGCGGGCUGUGUAUGCCAGCUCCCGGGGCACCUCCACUAAAGGCAACCUUUCUCCUUCUGUACGACCCAAUGAAGCCACUCAGGGCGCCAUUUCCUCUGCUGGUACUAUACAUGUAGCGCUCCCCUCCCCAGUGUCCAAACCCUCCUUGCCACCACCACGAUCUACAAAAACGAUGCCUCGUUCAAACAUUCCUAAACUCUGGAUCCCCACAGCUAUUGACACGAAUCAUGCCUCGGACCCAAAGAACCUGACGAUCACCACUUCUGACAUUUCUAGCCCAACAAUUCCGAAGCCGCCACCUGCGCCAAUCCUUCCAAUCGGUUCGAAGGGAAAAUCCAGCACCGACAUCAACUUAAUAAAUAGAGAUGAAGAAGAUCCCAUGUUUGCUACGACCUCGCAUGGCCUCGCAGAGAAUGAUAAAUCGCGUGAUGAUCCAGCAUUACAUUCGCCUGUUAACUUUGAUGAAAUAUUUAUCAGUCAUAGCGACAUAGAUUCAUCUGGUGUACCCCCUCCAUCUGAUAACCAGUAG